UUCAUCAUUAAAACUGCCAUUAAAAAGAUAUGAAAUUUAGGUUUGUUGAUACAUUGCAGGACUACAUGUGACAGACUUAGUUCACCUUUUGAGCUUGUUAGUGUUUCAACAAGUUUGUUAAGCCGUAGCAGUCAGAAAGUAACUGUUGAGCAAGGGAGAAUGUCAAAUUCGAGCAUCUGCAGACAGCGGUAGACUGGAUUCGGCUGACUCCCCUCCACGCACUGUCUCGGAAGACCCGCUAGCCUGCGAGUACUGCAGUCCGGCCAGGCGCGGGCUAAACGUCAUGCCGAGGGCUCGCUAACCGCAGACCAGAACACAUUUAAGACGCUGACCCCCACUGUUGCUCAGGAACAUGAGGAUGUGAAUCCAACCAUCUGCUUCCCAAAGACCCAAGUUGGAGGCCAAGUAGAUUAUUCUUCUCUCAGUUUCCCCAAGGAGUGUGAACAAUGUCCAGCAGGAGGAAGUCAACCACACCUUGCAUGUUGCUGCCAUCUGAUGUGGAGGAGCAAGAGGACCCAGACAUGGAGGUGAGCGAGGAGAGUGUUGGAGGUACGGAUGGCUCCUCUGAGAAACCUGCUGAAGCCCUUGGUCCAGCUGAACCAGACGCAGAGCAUGACACCAGUCCACCUGAGGGGGAGGACAGUGUCAUUCUUGGAGCAGUCAGAUGUAGCAACCAUUCAGAGGAGUCCAUCAGUGACCUCAUUAUGGAUGGGGGGUUUGUGGAGCCAGAUGCUGAUGGGAGCGAAGACCCAACCGUAGCUGCAAUUUCCCUCAGCAAGACUCCCAUUAUGAAGAUGAAGAGCAAAUCCGAAUCCAAGAGGAUUGCGCUGUCUCUGAAAGCGGCGGAGGAGAGUGAUGGCGUCGGGGAGAGUGAGGGAGAGCAGGAGCCGAUUGAAGCGCCUCUGGGCUCCCUCACGCCGGCAGAGCUGAUGAGUCCGCUGCUUCAUGGCGAGGCGCUAAAACCUGGCCUUCUGCUUAACUUCCCCACCAGCGCUGACCACAAGCAGAAAUCCGUGCUGAACUCAGCCUCGAUGCUGCCAGCAGGCCUUGCCCAGGUGCUGUCAGCCCUGCAGGCCCAGCAGAGCGCUGCCCAGGCCCAGCUCCUCAUCCCCUUGAGCAGCAUCCCCUCCUACAACGCAGCCAUGGACACCAACACUCUACUGGUCAACACUUACAAGAGGUUCCCUUACCCCUCGAUGGCAGAGAUCCUUGGUCUGGCCUCCCAGACUAAGUUCAGUGAAGAGCAGAUCAAGAUCUGGUUCUCGGCCCAGCGGCUGAAGCAUGGAGUGAGCUGGACCCCGGAGGAAGUGGAGGAUGCCAGGAGGAAGCAGUUUAAUGGCACGGUGCAUACAGUACCCCAGACCAUUACAGUCAUCCCGGCACACCAUCUCUCUGCAGCAGGCAACGGCCUUCAGUCCAUCCUCCAGACCUGCCAGAUCGUGGGCCAGCCCGGCCUGGUGUUCACCCAGGUGGGCACCACCAGUAGCUUGCCUGUCACCACCCCCAUCACCUUGACAGUGGCUGGGGUCCCCAACCAGAGCAAUACCCCUAAGGCCUGCUCAAGCCAAACUAGCCCAGCAGGUAGUGAGUUGAAGAGGGCCACCACAGUCCAGCCCCCUUCUCUGACCCCCCAGGAGAACUCCGCCCUCAGCGCCGACCAUUUCGGGAUGCGACCCAAAAAGUCGAAGGAGCAGUUGGCGGAGCUGAAGGCCAGCUACCUGCGCAACCACUUUGCCAGUGACGCUGAGAUUGCCCGUCUGAUGAAGCUGACCAACCUGACGAAGGGGGAGAUUAAGAAGUGGUUCAGCGACACACGCUACAACCAGCGCAACUCCAAGAACAGCCACGUCAUUGUGUUCCACGACGGCAACCGAGGCGGUGGAGGUGGCAAUGCCACCAUCGUCAUCGACUCCAGCGAUGAGACUCCUCAGUCCCCUCCCCACGCAAUUCUGCCACCGGUCAAGGAGACACGACCCAAAACCUGGAACCCCUUCCCAGACUUCACCUUGCAGAAGUUCAAGGAGAAGACUCCAGAGCAGCUGGUGGUCCUGGAGGAAAGCUACCAGAAGUGCGACAUGCCCUCCGACGAGGAGCUGAGCCGGCUGAGGACGGAGACCAAGCUGACGCGGCGAGAGAUCGAUGCCUGGUUCACGGAGAAGAGGAAGACCUUAGCUCCCUUGGCAGCUGCUGCCGCUGAAUCCCCUGAACCAGGUGGCGAGCAGAUGGAUCAAGAGGCAGCUGGCACCUCUCCCUCAUCCUCCAGGAAGGGCAGUCAGACCCCACCAGGGGGCAGGCGAGCCAGCAGGGACAAGGUGGUUAAGAAGAGCCCCGAGCAGCUCCACGUCCUGAAGAGCACCUUCGUCCGAACCCAGUGGCCCUCAGCCGAGGACUACGACAGGCUUGCCAAGGAGAGUGGCCUGCCCAGGUCCUACAUCGUCAACUGGUUCGGAGACUCGCGCUACGCGUGGAAGAACGGAAACCUCAAGUGGUUCUUCUUUUACCAAAGCGGCAACGUGGAGGGCAUCAACGGCAACAAGAACAGGAAGCGGCGGGUCCGGAACCGCGGCUGGGGACGUUCCCGGAGCAGGAGGGCCAAAAGGUCCACUGGCGUGGAGAAGUCCCCACCUGUCAAGUUUAAGACAGGCAGGGACAUCCUGAAGGAGUACUAUCUCAAGCACAAGUACCUGAACGAGCAGGACCUGGACGAGCUGGUGGCCAAGUCCAACAUGGGAUAUGAGCAGGUGAGAGAGUGGUUCGCCGAGGUCCAGCGACGGGAGGACAUGGGGACGGACCCGUUUGAGGGAGCUACUGAGAACGAUGAACAGGAGGGAGGGGAGGACCGAGAGGAGAGGGAGGGGGCAGAGCUAGCACCCGAAGAGCAAAGCAGCACAGUGGUGGAAGAGGAGGAUGAUGAAGAGGAUGAUGAAGAUGACACUGAUGAUAGCGAGGCCUGGGAGCCUUCUCGGGGGGUCAGGAGGUCAAUGUCGGGCCCAGAGGACCAGUGAUGGUCAGAUGAUCCCAGAAAUCCAACAGCACAACACAAAGUAACCAACAGACUGACAAUAAUCUGUAUUUUAAAGGGCACCAACUGAAUAGGUCCCUGGUGUAAACACACAAAACAAGCACCUUUUACACUUAGUGUUGUGUAGAUGUAUUUGUUUGUCUUGCUAAUACUACCAGUUGUUACACAGAGAGUGGACAUGACAAGAUCAGAUGUUUUAAUAUUGGAAAGAAACUAUUCGUUAUGGCUAAUGAAAAAUCGAAAAACCUUGAUUUAAUCACCCCAUGUAUAUAUUUAUGUGCAUAGAAGUUAUAUAUGUUAACUUCUCUAUGUCAGUGAAAGACAGUAAAAACCUUCCAGUGAAUCAUUUGGAACAUGAUGAGGAUGUUCCGUUGGAAGUUAUGGGAUGCAAGGAACGGCUGUGCCAAAGUAAAUUGAAUGUGUUGGUAUCUGUGCUACAGAUGAGCUGGUAGCCGGAGGUACAGCAUAGCAUGGCCUCUUUGGGUGAAUUGACAUUUGUAGUACAGACAGACGUGCACUUUUUAUUUUCCAUCACUUGAUGAACGUGUGGUGGAAUCAAAUCUUGAUUGGGCACCUUAGAUCUCUUACACCAUUAAAUGGCUGUGAGAGACCAGAUCUGUUUUCUAUGAACUAACCAGUAUUUUGCCUUUUUUUAGUCCUUUGAUUGUAAGUUCAAGAGGAUGAACCACACUGACUGCCCCUGUUGAUGUUUCAAAUACAAGUCCAGAUCGGAUAUUCAUUCAGCACAAUAGAUCAUUAUUAACUAUGGCCUAGCUGCUUUUAACAGCAUUUAACUAUUGACAUUGUACCAGUGUCCACAUUUAUGAAGCUUUGCUGCCUUGAAGUUUGCAUGAAUUUUGCAUUCAUUUAGCAUUUGUUAUAAAAUAAGCUUUAUGCAAGUUCAAAAGAGUAAGCUUCAAAAUGUUUUCAAAUUUAUGUCCAAAUGCAUGUUUGUGUACUAACAUUGCUUUUAUUUUGUCCGUGUGCAGAGGGCUCUCUUUGACACUUAUUGCAAUCUAAAUACCAGUUUACUUUGUGUGAUUUUCUUUAGUCAGCUUUUUCCAUUUCUGUAAGCUGUCCUAAAUGUCCUAAAAGCCUGUUGGAUUGCUGCCUGCUAAACGGUUGAAUAUAUUAAUGAGGUAAAGACUGGAUAUAAACCUUUGGCCUGAGAUCUAAAGCUAAAUGAAGCCUGGCUCAUUAAAGUGAGCUCAAGUAAACUGUGGAACAGAUUCUUAUCUGAGAUGAUUCACCAAAUACUGUGGUCUUACCACCACUCUGACCCUGACAUCCAAAUGAGGGAUGGUUUCAGCACCUUUCGAAGAGACACACCUCUGUGCCUGACAGUACUACACAUGGCUCAUUAAUUUUUUAAGGGGAAUUUAACGGAUAAGCACUUGGAGGAAAGAAUGCCUUCUGCUCAAAACGUUUUGAUGUUUUGCAUGAGCGUCGAGCAUACAAGGUGCUUGUGUGCAUUUGCUCAAAAGUUUGCAUGGACGCUUACUUGUACUGAAGUAUAUAUAGAUAGAGAUGUCUAUGGCCCUGUCUGAAUUCUCUGAAAAUGCGUCCUUCCUACCCACCUUUUAUGUUAUAAUAGGUUAUCCCACAUCCUUCUCUACACAACAGUUUCCUAAUAUCAAUGUACAGUUAGGGUUCUGUCUAAGCAAGGGAGAUAUAAGGUUGCAUUUUAGAGAAUUUUUAUGGGACUGUCGAUGCCCCAUGAAGUUGAAUUUUGAGACUCCAUGUCCUUAAUUCUAUAGUGCAUGCAAUAAUCAAAACAGGAGAGCUGAUUUUGUAAAUAUAAUAUUUGAUGUAUUUGUAUUAAGUAGCCCCCAUUUUGUAUGUUUCUAUUUAUGAUCAUGAUGAAUCCUGUCUUAAGUGUACGACAUUGAUUUAAAUGUACAGGUUUUUGAAAUGGAUAACGUUUUAGAGCUGUAGUCCUUUUGCAGUGUUCCCUGUGGCUUUGUGUUACACACCUGUCAGCAACACUAUGUGUACAAGUUACUCCUGUACAGUAGAUCAAAUGUGUCUAUAGAAGUUACUAUUGUCUUAUACAAGUAGGUAGAAGUACUGUCCUCUUUGCAAUUUUUGCAAUUUUUCUGUAUUUACAAGGAAUUAUUUAGUAGUGAGCCGAAGUUGAAUACAAAAAUGACUUUUAAGAAUGUGUCUGACCAGAACUUUAGACAUUAACAUUACAGACUGCACAGUUACUUUUCCCUCUCUAUUUAAUUGGAGCUCUAACUACAGAUUGGAUAAUGCAUUUCUUUUCGCAGCUUUAUUUAUUUAUAGUAAAGACUUUGUUUUCAGAAAAUAUUUUGUCACAAUGUUAAGUUUCUUGUUUGUGUCAAGAUUUGAGGAAAACGGGAAAGAUGGUUGCAAACUUCGAAAUAUAAACCACGGAGAUAUGUUACUUUGGAGCUUUGAAAUUGAAAAUGUGUUGGGGGGGCACUGGCAAACACUAUUGGAAUCAGCUUUAUCCCAUGAGAGAUAGACUUUGUACAAUGCAUUUAUUAAGUCUGAAUCUUUGGUUAGACAAAAUUUAUAUUUUAUACUUGUUUGAGGACAAAAUAAAGUACAUUUCGAUUAAAAUACA